AUGGCUGCCCCGACAAGUCAAACGACACAGCGUCUAUUGCGCGAGCUGAAAGAAUAUGCCAAGUCUCCAAAUGAGGUUCUGCUGCAUCUCGGUCCUGUCGAGGAUGAUGACUUGUUGCGCUGGGAGGCAGUCUUGAGGGGUGUCAAGGGUUCUCCCUACGAAGGCGGCCUCUGGCAUCUCCGUAUUGUCAUCCCACCCAAUUACCCUCUCGCGCCGCCGACCAUCACCUUCAACACUCGUAUAUCGCAUCCGAAUAUCUCCUUUACAACCGGCGAGAUCUGUCUGACUCUGUUGACAACCGAGCACUGGAGUCCUGUAUAUACUCUUUCGUCCACUCUCACUGCUAUUCACCAAUUGCUUACCGACCCUCAACCGGACUCGCCGCUCAAUGUGGACGUUGCGGCACUAUUGCGCGACGGAGAUCUUCCUGCCUGGGAGAGUGUAGUCCGGUAUUGGACAAGUGAGGAGCGGUGGCAAGGAGGUGGUAAUUUGGCAGCUUGA